GGGAAGAUGGCGGCCUCCUAGUGGAGGGCUUGGGGAGGCUGAGUCAGUAUGGCGUUGGCGGUGGGGCCCGCUAAGCGGGCGCUAGCUGGCUCUGCGGGGCUUGGUCUUGGGGGCUGCGGGGCCCCGAGACGCGGGGCGUACGAGUGGGGCGUGCGUUCCACGCGGAAACCCGGUCCCCCUCCACUGGACCGCGUGUAUGAGAUCCCGGGACUGGAGCCCAUCACUUACGCGGGGAAGAUGCACUUCAUGCCUGGGCUGGCGCGGCCGAUCUUCCCGCCCUGGGACCGCGGCUGGAAGCACCCCAAGUUCCACCGCCCGCCCCCCUUUCACGAGCACCCACUGUACAAGGAUCAGCCUUGCUACGUCUUCCACCAGCGCUGCCGUCUCCUCGAGGGUGUGAAGCAGGCUCUCUGGCUUACCAAGACCAAGCUAAUUGAAGGUCUUCCUGAGAAAGUGCUCAGUCUUGUUGAUGAUCCAAGGAACCACAUUGAGAACCAAGAUGAGCGGGUUUUGAACAUCAUUUCUCACGCUCGUCUCUGGCACUCCACUGAGGACAUCCCCAAGAGAAUGACCUACUGUCCAGUCAUCAUGGACAGCCUGAUACAGCUGUGUAAAUCUCAGAUUCUCAAGUACCCUUCUCUGGCCAAGCGGAUCUUUGCCCAAAACUAUGCAUUAUCUACCAGCUGGAAUCGAGCCGAGGUGAGGGGGCUACUCCUGAGGCUCUUUGCCAGGCUGGUGAAUCUGUCUCUUCUCCACAUGAAUCUUGCAGGAUUCCGGGAAGGCUAUCCUUACCCUCAUCCACAUACUCUGUAUUUCCUGGACAGAGCCAACACACGGACAUACCGCUUUCAGCCCGAUCAACUUCGGGCCAAGAUGAUCCUGUUUGCUUUUGGCAAUGCCCUGGCUCAGGCUCGGCUUCUCUAUGGGAACACCCCCCGGGUCUUGGAGCAGCCCGUCGUCGUGCAAGGCGUGGGCACAGACGGACGUGUCUUCCAGUUCCUGGUGUUGCAGUUGAAUACCACAGAUCUGGACUCUGAUGAGGGCGUCAAGAAUUUGGUAUGGGUAGACUCAGACCAGCUUCUCUACCAGCACUUCUGGUGUCGCCCAGUGAUCAAAAAGAAGGUGGUGGUGGAACCUGUUGGGCCAAUUGGUUUCCAGCCAGAGACAUUCAGGAAGUUUUUAGCUCUGUAUCUGCAUGGCGCCUUAUGAGUCAAGAAUGUUCUGCUCGUGGCCCUCUGAAGAAGCCUGUGUCCUAGCCAGGAGGUGCCGGGGUCAUGGAGGCACUCCACACUUGCUCAGCCUGGUGAUUUUGAUGGCAAUAAAGAGUCCUUUGUUCUCCUUGA